AUGAUGAUAAGCACAAUAACGUCCAAGCGUCAUGAUUUUGAUGGAUCAUCUGUGCCUGGUUCGAGUUUUAAAGAAUUAUCGUUGUCGUCUGUGAAAGUAAAAAGUCCAAUGAAAACAAUUCGUAAUCGUCGAUGGUUGGUUGCUGUAGUUGGUCUUCUUGCGUCGACUGCACUUAUUGUGACAGUGGGUUCUGUUGUAAUUUUAUUUGCUAUUCAUCCAUCAACAACAACGUCAAAUACUACCUGUUUCACGGCGCCUUCACCUCAACCAUCAAAUGCUUGGUUUUCUGUUGGGAAUAUGUCUACUCCUCGCUAUCUUCAUGCGAGUACAUUCAUUUCACAAGACAAUGGUAUUCUUAUCACUGGUGGUUUAGAUGGUACCGCUGGGUUAGCAUCGACAGAGAGAUAUAUACCAUCAACGGGUUGCUUUCGAAUGAGCAGUGGUAUGUCUUCAGUACGAUACUAUCAUUCGGCCGAUGCAAUGACCUCAUUGUCCUCAUGGGUUGUCAUUGCCGGUGGUUUGACUAGUGCUACAAUAUCGAGUACUGCUGAUUUAUAUGAUCCAAUUACGGAAACCAUCAUUACGAUAAAUCUAGCGUUUCCAGUAUACGCGCACUCAUCAACCAAGUUAAAUGAGUGGCAAUUAGUGCUCAUAGGCGGCGUAACAACCACUGGGUAUGUAAGCACCGGUGAAGUUUUGAGAGUUGGCUCACCCUCAGCAUUCAUAUCUGCCCUUAAUACAGUACCAGUAGGAAUCGUUUGGCAUACAGCCACACAGCUUUAUAAUAAUUCAUAUCUUGCUUUGAUCGUCGGCGGUACUGAUGGCUCUUCGUACUAUUCGACUGUCAGUCUUUACCAAGGAACAUCGGAUACGUUCAUUUCACUUGCUCCUGCAGUGCUUUUGUCAACACCACGUGCCUAUCACACAGCUACCUACUUGUCAUAUCCUAUAAAUCAAGUACUGAUUGCAGGUGGACUUUCGAAUAGUGUUACGGUUCUUAAUACAUUCGCCCUCUUUGAUAUCAACAAUAUAAAAUUCGUUACAAUCACAGCAACCAUGGUGACCUCACGAUAUUUUCACACAGCCACACUUUUACCUAAUGGGAAAAUUCUGGUUAUUGGCGGUGCCAAUGCCGUCGUAUUAAGUAGCUGUGAACUCAUUGAUCCAGCGAACAAUUUUAUCUCAACAUCAGUGGCCAGUCUUAACAUAGCUAGAUAUCGCCAUACAGCUACGUUAAUUUCGAGCAGCGGCAAUGGCACUGUACUCAUAUGUGGUGGCGUAACAUUCAGUUCAGUCGUGAUUAAUAGUUGUGAAAUUUACAUUGCUUGA